AUGAAACCUGCUAGAUUUUUAAUCGUUUUAAUCUUCAAUUGGAUAUUAUUGACAUUUGUUAAAACUACUCCAAUUCGAAAAGGGUUAGUUAGACAUGCUGAAAAAGAUUCUACGGCAAAGGAUCUGACUAAAAUAUUAAAUGAUGGGGCUGAAUCGUCGAUCAAUCCUCAAUUUCAAAAAUAUAAAGAAACUUUGACAAAAAAGGGCACGGAUAGUUAUAAUGGAGACAAAGUGAAUAACAAAGGCAAAUAUAAUAAAGAAUAUUACGAAAAAAAUAAGGAAAAGUUCUCUGAAUAUCGUCGAAAUUACCGAAAGCAAAAUAAACAAAAGAUCAAUGAGAUUCAGCGGAAUUAUAGUAAAAGGAAUAAAGAAAAAUGUAGUCAACGUAUGAAAAUUUACUACGAAAAAAAUAAAGAAAAACUUAAGAAAACUAUCAAAAAAUAUAAACAAAAUAAUAAAGAAAAGGUAAAGAAAAGCAAAAAACUUUAUUACAACAAUAACAAAGAAAAAUGGAAUGAAUACCGACGUAAAUGCAAUCAAAAAAAGAAAAACGUUCAAUCUGAUAAUGAAGGAACUUCAUUAGUUAAUACACAGACUGAUAAUUUUACUAAUAAAGGUAAAUUAUCAAAUGUUUGCGAGGUCGAAGAAACUCUUUUUAAUCAAGGGCAAGAAUGCACUAAUGGCGAAGAUGAGCAAAAUCAAAUCGAGGUAGAAGGACCAAAUAAAAUUCUUGAAGAUGACACAAUAGAUUUAAAUAAGAAAAUUCAUCCUUUUGAUCUGAACGAGAUACCUGAUGAUGAAGAAAUUUAA